GCCGUAACGGACUGCGUCGCCUUGAGGCAACUCAGAAUCUAACCGGACAGCUCUGUUUUGUCUGUUGAUGGUUUUGUCCUCUUCAGUGUCAUCUCUUCAGGUUUUCUCAACUCUACCUUCGCUCUCGGAUCAAAUUUCCGACUCUGAUCCCUGAUCAGUAUGGCGCUCUUGAUGUCAAGCACAGCAGCUGCCGAGGUUGUGAAGGACCAAGAGCUCAAAGAUAACAGCUUGGAAGAUAACAAAACUAAUGUCUGCACUGAUGUAAAAGAUUUGAAAGAAGAAGAUAUUGGGAAUGAUGGAAACCCGAUGCCCUCACCACAGCAGGAGGAGGAGAUCAUCAAGAAGAAAUAUGGAGGGCUGUUAACAAAGAAGCCACCAUUGAUAUCCAAGGAUCAUGAACGAGCAUUCUUUGAUUCUGCGGACUGGGCACUUGGGAAGCAGGGGGCAGGGAAGCCCAAAGGACCCCUCGAAGCUCUUCGACCGAAGCUUCAGCCCACUCCGCACCAGCAAGUGAGGCGAUCAGCCUAUGCUCCUUCAGAUGAUCAUGGAGGAGAUGGCGAUCAUAGUGAUGAGGCUCCAGAAGACAGCAACUUCAAGCAAGACGAAGGCGGCGAGAAGAGCAUCAGUACUGAAGAGCAACAAAGCUGUCCAGAGAAGUCGGAAAAUAUUCAGCAUUGAAUUGGACUUUCUUCCAUCGGUCACUCCUUUCUGUAAUUAGGAGAGUUUGAACCAAAAUAGGACGCAUAUAACCGAAGAAGAAACAUACGGCAGAGAAGACGGCUAGUAUGAAUAAACCAGAACUCAAUUCGUAUGUGCACUGAUACUAUGCUUGCAUAUUGGCUCGAGGCUGUGUAACACUUGGAAGUUUGUCACUCUUUUGCAGACAGAAUUUGGAAAGAAAUAUUGGAUUUGUUUUGUUUCAUUA